AUGCGAGCGGUACUGCCGGGGAGACCCCCAGCGAAGCUCCAGUCGUUCAGCACUGCGCUGUGGGAUGGACUACGUGUGAUUGCAUACAUAUCUGGCCACGCGCUGGUCAUCCUCGGCGGUCCACAGACACUCCUCCAAACGAUCUACGUUGAUGAUACCGAUAAACUCGAAGCGAUAACCAUUAAUGAGACAUCGGGAAAAAUCGCAGUGUGCGGUGGUUCGGAUGUCUUCGUAUACCAACCGUGGAGUAUCCAGGGCGAGACACCUAAGUGGUCCCUCCUCCACAUUUUCCGCGCUGACGAUGACGAGCCGACCCGUACCAUAUCGUGGGGCUCGCCGAAUGAGCUGCUAGUUGGUAGCUCCCGCCUCGCCCUUUGGAUUCUCGAUGACACACCACGCUCAGUAUGGCAGCGGAAGCUUCCAGGGCCGUUAAAAUUUGCGCAGUUCUCUCCCGAUGCGGCCUUGAUAGUGACGGUGGGACAAUAUGACCGCCUUGCUAAGGUAUGGAGACGACUAGCCUAUGGACCAAAUGAAGUGCGGUUCGAGGUCUCCUAUCUUCCUCACCCACAUGUGAUUACGGGAAUGCAUUGGCGACUACCAUACCACCGAGAGCAAUCAGUCGAAAAUGUUCUUUACACCCUUUGCGCCGACAAUAAAAUCCGGGUAUGGGCCGUUACGGAUCACCAUGCUCUUUCCCCGUUGCAAUUUUGGGCGGAGAUCGACAUGGAAGCAUCUGUUCAGCCUCGAGAUGCAUCGGAAAAGCAUGAGGGACCACAAAGACGGUACGGAUUUAUUCUAGAUAGUCGGGAUUUCUGUGCCGCAACAGAGCGCGCUGUUGAACGCAACUCUGGCAACAAGGAAAACCACGCGUUAGAACAUCUUAUUGAAGUCGCGAACAAAAGUCCUGAAAUUUGCAUGGUGAUUGAUGGCCAAGGUCAUAUAUCGGCAUGGGCAUUGGAAGACAUUGGCUCGAAGGCGAAAACAAAAUUGAGCGUCUUCAAUAUCCUGCAUGUCGAAAAUUUGAACUUUGGAUUUAUGUCAAGCUUGGGAGCUCAGGAAGACUAUGCCCAGAUACAUGCCUUCCAAAGCAACACAUCUGACGAUAGACUCAGUAUCAUUCUACAUCACUUUGAUGGCCGGAUUGAGUGGUACGACUCGAAGGUGGAUGUUUUCUUCGAUCCUGCCCCUCGGAAGAAUCGAAUUAUGCCCAAAGCAUCCUGGUCUGGACAUACUGCCCCCGUGAAGAAGAUUGUGCGAAAUGCAACUGGCGACACGCUUAUUUCAAGAACGGACGAAAAUAAGGCCAUGAUCUGGAAGCAAAAGAGACGGGAGGGCGGAUCAAUGCUCAUUCACCAGAGCGUAUUGUUAUCCGAUGAACAUAUUCACCGGACGUGUAUGAUUGAGAAUGGCGAUUUUCUUGUCAAUCUCCACCAUAAUGGAAUUUCGCUGUAUGAUUACAGCUCCUAUCAUGCCAAAAGAUUGGCACAUCUACCAUUCAACCUAUCAAGCAAGCCUCUAUGCGUGCUUCCACUUCCCACUCCAGAUGCAAGCCCAGGCUUAGCUUAUGUGGCGACUAUUGGUGCCGAUAUGAACGGCAUAGCAUGGGAGCUUCAAUGGGAUCCUCAAGAAAAGCAACAAAAUCCCGGAAAGGGACAGGAUGGUUGUCAGCUACGCAAAUUUUGCACGUUUAGUAUGGGACUGCAGGAAGAUUUGGCCUAUAUUCUACCUGUAGACCCAGCAGGACCCAAAGCCGAAACAUCAGGAUCUUUUGAUACAUUUGCUCCCGAUAUUGCUCUCUCCUACACCCACAGUGGUAUCGUACGCACAUGGACGGCCAAGGUUGACCGUCAAAAAUCUCAAGUGGAAUGGCUACUGAAAUCGACAGUUGAGACUGGGAUUGAGAACCCUUCGCUGGCUAGUGGAAGCUCCAUCCGCAAGGCCGCGCUCGUGGACAAAGAUCGGACUCACUUGACUAUUUGGGACACUAACAAUGCUCAAUUGGAGUUUGAAGAGCAUUUUGCUCAACAUGAUAUCAUAAGAGACCUUGAUUGGACCUCUACCCCAGACAAGCAAUCAAUAUUGGCCGUUGGCUUUCCUCAUAAGGUCAUUCUACUGUCUCAACUACGCUAUGACUAUCUGGACUCCAAUCCCUCGUGGACCCAGAUUCGUGAGAUUUGGAUUCGAGACCUCACCCCUCAUCCCAUUGGUGAUUCUUGCUGGCUCACCCACGGUCAUCUCAUCAUUGGUGCUGGAAACCAACUGUUUGUUUAUGAUAAGGAUAUUGAUGUUGCAGAUCAUCUGGUUUCUGGACUGCGCAUUCCAUCUCGUGGUCAGCCAACAGUUGAUCUUUUCGACGUUGUCAGUCGCUUGAAUGGACCGCUGCCCGUCUUUCACCCCCAGUUCCUGGCGCAGUGUAUUCUGGCAGGCAAGUCAGCUUUGGUCCAUGCGAUUUUGAUGGGCCUCCACAGGAAAUUAAAAUUUUACUCCGAGGGAGACGACUUGGAUGGGUUCUUAGACAUGCCUUUGGAGAGCUUCUAUGAUGAACGAGAGGCACUCCAAACAGUCACCUCUAAAGAGAUGCGCUCCUCCUUCAUCGAUGCCUCGGGCGAAGAGGAGGAAUCCCUGGUCAUUGAUGAAAAUAUUGCUGCGAUUCUCAACGAGAACCUUGCACGCAUUGCAUUGCCACAACUUUCCAGUCAUGAGCAGUUCAGACUUGUAGAUACAAUUGAGUGUGCUGCGACCGUAGAAAAACAUCGACGGUCGAUGGAUGACAAUGCGGCACGCUAUCUCCUUUUCUUCCGGCAGCACAUGCUGCGAAAGAUCCAAGGAGUAGCGAACAAGGACCGAGUGUCAUGGAGAGAAAUUGUUUGGGCUUUCCAUAGUGGCAGCCAAGACAUCCUCACAGAUCUUGUCUCUCGCCAAUUCAAUGGAAAAUUGACCUGGAAGGCUGCUCGAGAGAGCGGCUUGUUCAUGUGGUUAUCGGACUUGACAUCUGUGAGAGCACAACUCGAGUCUGUAGCUAAAAACGAGUAUACCAAAACGGAGGAGAGGAAUCCCAUUGAUUGUUCUCUAUUCUAUCUUGCACUUGGAAAGAAGAACAUUUUGCAGGGUCUUUGGCGAAUUGCACAUUGGCAUCGAGAGCAAGCACCUACCCAACGAUUGCUUGCCAAUGACUUCAAAGAGGCACGGUGGAAGACUUCCGCACUAAAAAAUGCCUACGCACUGCUUGGGAAACGGCGGUUUGAAUAUGCCGCGUCAUUUUUCUUGCUAGCUGACCAUUUGCGAGAUGCCGCCAACGUUGUCGCUAACCAAAUGGGUGACAUUCAACUCGCAGUUGCAAUCACUCGAGCUUACGAAGGGGACAAGGGUCCAGUCCUCCGAGAGCUUCUAGAGGAGAGAGUUCUGCCAGAGGCUGCUUCAGAGGGCAAUCGCUGGCAAGCCUCUUGGGCUUUCUGGAUGCUUGGACGGCGGGACAUGGCCGUUCGAGCACUCAUCUCCCCGAUCGAGACUCUCCUCUUACCAACGCCAGUUUCACCAGGGAGCCCAGGAAGAGUUACCCUGCAGUCUAAAUCCUACCUUUCUAAUGACCCCGCCCUGGUUGUUCUUUACCAACAGCUUCGCGAGAAGACACUCCAAACGCUCAAAGGCGCAUCCCAAGUCCGGCCGGUCGAAGAGUGGGAAUUUGUCCUCCGUAACGCUCGACUCUACGACCGAAUGGGUUGCGAUUUCCUCGCUCUAGAUCUAGUCCGGCACUGGGAGUUCCUGGGCAUACCCCCAACUUCCAAAACGCUACAAAACCAGCCUGCCCUUGAAAUCAACCAGGAUGGUGUCGAUUACCGGAAGCUACUCCGGCGCCGAGGCAGUUUGGUUGUCGCUGAUUUGCCAUUUCGACAGGCGGAUUCUGCAUCUGUUGAUGCAAAUAAGACCGCAGUUGCUGAUGAAACUCAGCAAAAGCUUCCAGAGAAACCGAAGCCAAAGCCGCCUCCAACUAUGUUUCAUGAGCCUGACUCUAACUCCUUGCUGGAUAGCUUUGGGUUCUAG